GAUACGCACCUCUGAUUCAUUACUUAGAAGAUAAGCUACGAUAAUUGUUUGAUGACUUUUAUCAAACGAAAAUAAAAAAUAUUCUGGCUUCUGCAUGGAAUUAAUUCAUUUGAAAUUCCAGUAGCUCAAAAUUUCAAUCAAUCCUGACGUUCGUGGAGUUCAAGUGUAAUUCGUAUUAAACAAUGGAAAACGGUGAUAAACGAGUGUUUCGAAUUGAAAAACGGGCUCCCGAAGGUGGAUACGGCAUAUUGAUUUCGAUUUCAAUGGCAUUGUCACUGGCUUGUGCUUGGGGGAGCUUAGGGUCGUUUGGAUUGAUUUUCAAUGACUUUAUAACGAGUUGUGGUGGCGAGUCUGGAGCUACGACAUUAGUCAUCGGCUUUUUUGCAAGCUCCCUCAGCUUCGCAGGCUUGUUCGCAAGUGUUUCGUUCAAGAAGUUUUCCGUGCGAUCGGUAGCAAUAUUCGGCAGCUUAAUUUAUUUUCUGGGCGGUUUCUUGACCAUUUUCGUCAAUUCAGUUGAACAACUGAUCGUUUCCUAUGGCAUUAUGCAAGGUAUGGGUAUUGGAAUCAUGCUUCCGGCAUCAUACGCCACAUUCAAUUCAUAUUUCAUUAGAAGACGAGUGUUGAUGAUGAGCUUCGCACAGACUUUGGUAGGUGUUGGAACAACGGUGUAUCCGCUUAUGGUUCAGUUCUUGAUGGAAAAAUACGGUUUUCGUGGCAUGAUAGCAGUGAUUGCGGCAAUAAACGCCCACGCGAUAUUUGGAAUGCUUUCUAUGCACCCUAUCGAAUGGCACUAUAAAGUCAUAAAAGUUCCUGUUGAUGAAGCUGAUCCUCUGCUAAAUUCAAAUGGAAUAGAAAAUGAGAUAAACGCAAACAAGAUACCAGAGAAUGAUCGCGAUCUUGCUAAGAUAGAUGAAAAAGAUGAAAACUGUUCACAAUCACUUCGGAAUGAUACGAAUUAUGACGUCGAACGAAAUCAAAAUGGUAAACAUAAGAAGUCCCGAGAUCAAAAUGAAAAUUGCGAUGAGUUCGAUCCAACUCAAAGACGAGUAUCAAGUAUCUCGAUUACAGGUAUUAGUGGUGUUAUCGCCUGUGACAUCCCACAACCGAUAAAGAAAGCUGACGGCACUUGGCAAAAGGUGGUCGAUUUCCUCGAUUUAUCACUACUAAAAGACCUAGUUUACUUGAACAUUGUGCUCGGAAUAUCAUUUGCAGUGUCUUCAGAUGGGGCUUUUUUCGCCCUGCAGCCGAUGUACAUGUUUCAACUUGGAUUGUCCAAAGCCGAAGCGGCCGUUGUUGUUGCAAGUGGAGCCGCUGCUGAUUUAGUGAGCCGCCUCGUCUUGACUGCCCUGAGUUUAUUUAUUCUGGUCAAUGCGCGUUAUGUUUUUUUGAGCGGUGCAAUCUCGACGAUAUUAUUACGAUUUGCGUUUCUAGAGAUAACGGACUAUUUCGGAAUGUUAGUUAUCACAGCGAUAAUGAGCUUCGUGCGAACUUGGUUCCAUAUGAUACAACCUCUGGUUUUUGCGGAUUAUUUGCCACCUGAACGAUUUUCAUCUGGAUUCGGGCAAUUUAUGUUUCUUCAAGGUAACUUUUAUUUUGCGUUCGUCCCGUUCGCCGGUUGGAUUCGAGAUGUGACACAAAGCUAUGUCAUUUGUUUUCAUACACUCACUUUCGUAAUGGCGAUGUGUGCCGUUCCGUGGUUAAUUGAAAUCGUGUGGCUACGGAUGUAUCCAAGGAACAAAAGUAAUGAAAAGAAGAAUUCAGACAUCGCUUCAUGUUGAUUUUUGAUACGAAACACGAAAAUAUGAAUAAUAUUAAUAUUAUGAGGAGCGUUUUUCAAUAAAACAAUAGUUUCUUUACUAACAUUGUGAUGAUUAUUGCAACUGGCUAAACGUCCAACGGUUGCGAUGACUAUAAAUGUUUAAUACAAUAAGAUUUUUUGUGUAUAGCCCAAAAGCAAAACUAAAAAUACACACGUUUGCAUUUUUUCUUUGUUCAAGGUACGGUAAAAAUGUAUACAUGAUUGAAUUGUCGUUUUUAUGGGAGACAUUUUUAACUUAUUUGUUCUUUUUUUUCCUCCACAACGAAAGUUUCACUCCUCGAACGAUAACAAGGCUUUUCCGAAUACAAAUGACACAACAAGCUCAAUACAAUAAAUAUCAACUGCAAAUGUGUUAAUACAUGAAGUGAUUAGAUAAAUUAUUAUUGUAUUCCUUUAUAAAUUGAAUAAAAAUGAAUAAUGAUGAGGAAGUUAAAUCAAAUCCAAUCUGGGUUUGUUCAAGUUUGUAUUUUGUUCCAUGAGAAGCAACAAUUUGGCAACUGCCAGCAGACAUCGAUGGUUUUGA